AAACACAACUCUCUCACUCUCUCUCUCUCUCUUUGCCUCUGCAGCUUCACAUACUCAAUACCCUUCUUCUGUUCUCUGCCCAACUCAGUUCCUUGCAAGCUACUUCCAUGUUCAUAGCUUCUUCCUCUAAAAAACAAUCCGGGUCCUCAAGAUCUCGUUGGCUUCUUCAACUCUUGCUGCAAAGUUUGAAGCUUUUUGCUUCUUGAAAAUCCGAGAUUAUGAUGAUGUGCUGAUAUUGUAGCUGCAUAGUGCUGUUUCAGAUACGUACCUAGUUCAGUUCUGUGAUAUAGUUUGCGGCACAGUCCCUGUUGAGAUACAGAAUUGCAGAAAUGGAUACUGCUAGUAAGAGCUGGGAGCAGAAGUCACUGGUGGGGGAGAUCAUUGAAGGGAUGGAGCUAGCACAACAGUUAAGGCUGAGUCUGAAUGCAACAUCAGCUUCAUCAGAAAACAGGGAAUUUUUAGUGCAGAGGAUAUUGACCUCAUACGAAAAGGCCCUCUUACUACUGCAGUUGAGUGGCUCGCCUCAGACAUCUCAAUCGGCUGUGCUUCAGGAUUUUCGUAUGUCUGCCAACACAAGUCCUUGUGGUGAUGACUAUAACCACAUGAGUUUCAAGGAUCAUCAGGACCUGCAAGAAAUCUCCAAAAAGAGAAAGAGCAUGGCCAAAUGGACUGACCAUGUCAUAAGGGUUAGCUCUGAGAAUGGGAUUGAAGGAUCUCAGGAAGACGGCCACAGCUGGAGAAAAUAUGGGCAGAAAGAUAUUCUAGGAGCCAAAUAUCCUAGAAGCUAUUAUAGAUGCACCUUUAGGAACACACAAAGCUGCUGGGCUACAAAGCAAGUGCAGAGAGCAGAUGAAGACCCAACCAUAUUUGAAAUCACAUACAAAGGAAAGCAUACCUGCUCUCAUGGCAGCAAUUCAGUUCCACCACCACCAUCACCAGAACAGCAAGAGCAAAAAAGACACAAGCGCGAGAACGUUUCUGAACCACAGCAGUCUCAAGUGACUCAAAUGAGCUUUCCAACUAAUCUGAGGGUCGACACUGAGAAUUUGGAAGACAAAGAGAUGAUGGAAUCUCCAUUCUCUUUUACUUCGACUUCAUUUGGAUGCAUGCCGAGUGGAGAUGACUUCCUAUCUUCAAUGUUUGAUAAUGAGAAUUUCUUUGGCAAUUUCUCUCAACCUUUGCUAUCUCCAGCUGCAGGCGAAUCAAAUUACUACUUGGCACCACCAAGCCAAAUGAGAAACAUUGCAGUAAAUGAGCAACUUUCAGGAUCUGAUCUCACUGAGAUAAUCUCAGCCACCAAUUCCAGAACCAAUUCUCCAAUCCCAGACAUGGAUUUCCCAUUGGAUCUAGUGGAACUCGACCCCAAUUUCCCAUUUGAUACUCCAGGAUUUUUCUGAUAAUUCUACUUAGGUUUCAGGAUAAAAAUAAGUAGCAUUUAGGUUGCUGCUAGAUUGUUAGAAGUCUUGGAUCAACCAUGUACUAUACGAGAGGAAGAAGACUUGUAAAACAUAAGAGUUUCUUUCUGAUGUUGGCCAAGUGUAGGAUUGAUUAUUAAAACAAGUUUUCUAAGUAGUUUUCUUUUAAUUCCACUUGAAUCUUCCUAAUUGGUUCACAAU